AGGAGGUUCGUCCUGAGGAUAAAAGAGGAUCCGCAGAUCCCGGUCCGUCCCGGUCCAGAACCGGUCCAGACCCAGAACCAGAACCAGACCCGGUCCCCCCUGAGCCCUGCAGACCCAGACCCAGACCUGUAGACCCAGACCCAGGACCAGGAACCAGAACCAGGACCAGGAUCAUGCUGGGAACCAGGACUAAACCGGGCCAGGUGGAGAAGAGAGGAGGAUCCAGUUCUGAGGAAACCAAGACCAUCGACCCCCUCAGGAACCUGGGAGUCCAGGAGGACGAGGACGUCCAGCGGAUGAUGCAGGGAUCCAGUAUGAUGAAGGUCCGGUCUCCUCGUUGGCAGAAGCAGCGGUUCCUGAAGCUUCUGGACGACGGAGUGACGGUCUGGUGUCAGUCCAACAAAACCUCCAGCCGGGCCAAGGAGCAGCAGAGCUUCUCGGUCACCGAGGUCCAGUGCGUGCGCGAGGGCUGCCAGUCGGAGACGUUCCGGAAGAUGUCGGGUUCGGUUCCGGAGAACCGCUGCCUCACCGUGGUCUUCAAGGGGGCCCGGAAGUCCCUGGACCUGGUCCUGCAGAACCAGGACGAGGCCCAGACCUGGACCCGCGGGAUCCGGACCCUGCAGGACCGGGUCAGCAACAUGACGCAGACGGAGAAGCUGGACCACUGGAUCCAGGCCUACCUGAGCCGGGCCGACCAGAACCACGACGACAAGAUGAGCUACGAGGAAGUUCAGACGCUGCUGCAGAUGAUUAACGUGGACGUGAGCGAUCAAUACGCCCGCAGCCUCUUCCAGAAGUGCGACCGCUCCUGCGACGGCCGCCUGGACCACGAGGAGAUCGAGGUUUUCUGCCGGGAGUUGCUACGGCGACCGGAGCUGGAUAGCAUCUUCCUGCGCUACUCGGCUAACGGCUGCGUCCUGUCCACGCUGGACCUGCGGGACUUCCUGUUGGACCAGGACGAGGACGCGUCGGGGACGCACGCCGAGAGCCUGGUGCUAAGCUACGAGCUAAACCCCUGGGCCCAGCAGAACCGGCUCAUGACGCCCAACGGCUUCACCAUGUACAUGCUGUCCAAGGAGAACCUGGUCCUGGACCCAGACCAGAACCGGGUCCACCAGGACAUGAGCCGACCGCUAGCCGACUAUUACGUCUCCUCGUCCCACAACACGUACCUGAGCGGAGACCAGCUAACGGGGGCUAGCAGCACCGAGCCCUAUAUAAGGGCUCUGAGCCGCGGCUGCCGCUGCGUGGAGCUGGACUGCUGGGACGGAGACGCAGGAGAACCGGUGAUUUACCACGGACACACGCUGACGUCCAAGGUUCCCCUGAAGGACGUCCUGGAGACGAUAGACACGUACGCCUUCAAGGCCUCCCCCUACCCGCUCAUCCUGUCCCUGGAGAACCACUGCUCGCUGCAGCAGCAGGAAGUUCUGGCCCGACACCUGAGGUCCGUCCUGGGGGAGAAGCUGCUGCUGGAACCGCUGGAGGAGCAGGACUCUCGCUGGCUGCCCUCUCCUCAGGACCUGAAGGGGAAGAUCCUGAUCAAGGGGAAGAAAAAGACGGAGGAGUUUCAUCCGUCCAGCUCUGAGGACCUGAGUUCUGAUGAUGAGGAGGGACGGGAGAGGAGGCCCCCCAAGGAGGGUCCCCCUGGUCUGAGUCCGGCCCUGUCAGACCUGGUCUUCUACACCCGCUCCGUCGCCUUCAAGAGUUUCCAGGAAGCAGCUCGGAGACCGGCGGCCGACAUGUGCUCCUUUUCUGAGAGCCGAGCUCUACGAUUGGUCCGGGACCAAGGGAUGAACUUUGUUCGCCACAACAGCAGCCACCUGAGCCGGAUCUACCCGUCGGGCCAGCGGCUGCAGUCGUCCAACUACAACCCUGUGGACAUGUGGAACGCCGGCUGCCAGAUCGUGGCCCUGAACUUCCAGACUCCCGGGGAGCAGAUGGACCUGAACCAGGGCCGGUUCCUGCAGAACGGCGGGUGCGGCUACGUGCUAAAGCCACCCUUCAUGCGGGGGCCCGAGACCCGCUUCAACCCCGAGAACGUGGGGGGGGGGCCGGGCCACGCCCCGGUGCUGCUCACAGUCCGGGUGAUCUCGGCCCAGCAGCUGCCCCGCCCCCCCUGGGACAAGCCCAGCUCCAUUGUGGAUCCCCAGGUCUGGGUGGAGAUUCACGGCGUCGCCAUGGACAACGCUAGGAAGAAGACGCCCUACGUGGACAACAACGGUUUCAACCCCCGCUGGGACUGCAGCUUCACCUUCACCGUCCACUCCCCGGCGCUGGCGCUGGUCCGGUUCGUGGUGGAGGAUCACGACUUCACCUCCAGAGACGACUUCCUGGGACAGUUCACGCUGCCGCUGGGCUGCCUGCGCUCAGGUGACCGUCUGGUGAAGGUGAACGGAGAAACAGUUCUGGGUAAAACUUACUCUGAAGUCAUUUCACUGAUCCAGAACAGGUACAGUGAAAACUUCCUGGAACUGUGUAUUAUGCCCAAAGACGAGGACGUGUUGCAGUUGGUAAGUGUAUUCUCCCAGGACGCCUACCUGCGCGGCAACGAGCCGUUCUCAGGUGAGGCCGGGCACCUGCCGGCCCCCCCGGCCCUGUGCUGCGUCCCCGCCGGGCCCCGGCCCCCCCUGGACAACUGGGCUAGCCGUCCUAGCGGCGCCGCCCCCCUGGACAACCGCCCCCCGCCCUCCGGCUGGCCCGGGGGCCCCGACGACCCGCCCCCCUCCGCCCCGCCGGGCCGGCGCCGCGGCCGGUCCUCGUCCGCCAUCAACGCCCUGGACUUCCACUUCGCUAACCACAACGCCGCCAUCUCCUCGGCGACGCUGCCGCCGCCGCGGCGGGGCGGCCUGCGCUCGGCCAGCUGCCAGCAGGCGCUGGCGGACUGGUACUACAGCCAGGCCGAGGCCGGGCCCCCGGGGCCCCCCCAGGACCGGCUAGCGGAGCUAGCGCUGGGCCUCGGCCGCCGCGUGGCCUCGUCUGCAGAGCAGCGGCGGAGGGAAGCGCUGCUGCGACACCACCAGGCAGCCGCCGCGGCGGCGGCACACGACUCGUACUGGGGGGCCGAGCCGGCCCCGGGUCCAGACCCGGGGACCAGGACCUGCUCCGAGGGCCUGCUAGCCGCCUACGCCGAGUACGAGCACAACUACGGGCGGUCGGUGGAGGCGCUGGCCAAGGCGUCGGCCCUGGUGGCCCCGCACCGCCCGCAGGGGCCACAUAUGGACCAGAACCCCCAGACCGGCCCCCCCGGGCCCCAGACCGGCCCCCAGACCGGCCGGCAGGUGGCGGAGCCCCAGACCCGGCGGGGGAAGGACCCGGAGCUGCCGGGGUACCAGGGCUUCUCCCGCAAGGCCGGGCCGCUCCUGCAGCAGGCCAGCUCCUUCCGGGAACCCGGCUACAGCGGCCCCCAGCUGGACUGGGCCGACGGGGCGGGGGGGGUCCUGGGACCAGGGGACCGGGACCAGGACCAGGACCCGGCCCCGGGCCCCCCCGGGGCCUCGGAGGUCGUCCUGAGGCAGAAACCCCCCGCGGGCCGGCGGACCCCCGUGCAGGCGCUCCGGCACUCCCACUACGCCACGCCGGGGGGGUCCCCGCCCUCGUCGGGGGCCCCCUCGCCGGUCCCUGGACCAGGACCAGGACCCGUCCGCCGGGCUAACGGCAGCCUAGCGCAGCACGCCUUGGACUCGCUGUCCUCCAUCCCCUUCAUAGACGACCCCGGCAGCCCUGGUUCUGACGGUUCUGAUGGUUCUGAUGGUUCUGACGGUUCUGACGGCCCCGGUUCUGACGGGUCCCGGGUCCAGACCUCCGUCCUUGUGUCCCCCUCCGUGUCCGUGUCCCCGUUUGUCCGACUUCGUUCCCAGGACUGCAGCAGCAUCAAGUCCCGGCGGUCCUCCUACCUGCUGGCCGUCACCACCGAGAGGUCCAAGUCCUGCGACGAAGGACUGAACACCUUCAGGGACGAGGGACGGGUCUUCUCGAAACUACCGAAGAGGGUGAAGAGCUUUUUCACUGAUGGGUCCCUGGAGAGUCUGCGGGCCCAGGAGGAGGCCCGGGUCCAGGAGGAGAACCGGUCCAAGCGCCGCUCCACCUCCGAUCUGGGAUCCAUCAGUUUCAGCGACGUGAGGAAGGAAGGGUGGCUGCACCUGAAGCAGAUCCUGACGGAGAAGGGCAAGAAAGUGGGCGGCGGCAUGCGUCCCUGGAAGCGCUGCUACUCGGUGCUGCGCUCCCAUUCGCUGUUCCUGUACAAGGACAAGCGUGAGGCGGCGCUGGCGGGGGCUGGCACGGGGCCGGGGCCCGCCCCGGGGGCGGGGCUCCAGGACGACGCCCCGCCCAUCAGCCUGCGCGGCUGCCUGGUGGACAUCGCCUACAGCGGCACGCGCAGGAAACACGCGCUGCGGCUAACCACGCAGGACUUCUGCGAGUACCUGCUGCAGGCCGAGGACCGCGACGACAUGCUGGCCUGGAUCCGGGUGGUCCGGGAGACCGGCAAGACCGACACCGAGGAGAUGGGAUUCUCCAGGCAGGCGCUGAUCAACAAGAAGCUGAACGACUACAGGAAACACAGUCUAACAGGUUCCAAGCCGGACUCGUCCCCCAAAGUCCACCGUAUGGUGCCCCCCUUCCUGCUGGCCAAGACCGACAACACCUGCCAGACCCGGGGGUCCAGAUCCGACGACAUCAGGGCCCUCUGGGGGAUCAACCUCAUGAAGACCAGGACCAGGAAAAACCAGGACUCGGGUCCCAAGGCCUUCGGGGUCCGACUGGAGGACUGUCAGCCUGCUGUCAAUCACAAGAUGGUCCCCCUGGUGGUGGAGAUGUGCUGCCGGGUGGUGGAGGACCUGGGUCUGGACUACACCGGGGUCUACAGGGUUCCCGGUAACAACGCCAUGGUGUCCAACCUGCAGGACCACCUGGACCGGGGACUGGAUCUGAGCCAGGCUGAGGAGCGCUGGCAGGACCUGAACGUGAUCAGCAGUCUCCUCAAGUCUUUCUUCAGGAAGCUGCCGGAGCCGCUCUUCACCGACGAAAAGUACAACGACUUCAUCAAUGCCAACCGGAUAGAAGAUUCUGAGGAUCGACUGAAGACCAUGAAGAAGCUGCUCCAGGACCUGCCGGACCACUACUACCACACCCUCCGGUUCCUGGUGACCCACCUGAAGAAGGUGGCGGACCACUCCGAGAAGAACAAGAUGGAGCCCAGGAACCUGGCCCUGGUCUUCGGUCCCACCCUGGUCAGAACCUCGGAGGACAACAUGACCGACAUGGUGACGCACAUGCCGGACCGCUACAAGAUCGUGGAGACGCUGAUCCUGCACUGCGACUGGUUCUUCAGUGACGGACAACUGGACAACAAGCAGAAGGCGCUGGAGCAGAAACACGACGUCCUGCCGGUUCCAAACAUCGACCACCUCCUGUCCAACAUCGGCCGGCCCGGCAUGCCGGGGGAGACCUCAGAUUCCACCACCAGCGGUUCAGUUAAAUCCAAGGUUUCUUCCGGUUCCAGGAAAGACCUGACGGCCCGAGACUUCCUGCCCCGGUCCCUUUUCUCUGCCGUGACCCGCAAACGCAAGAAACCCCUGGUGGGCCCGGCGGCCGGCGGCGCCGACGGGGACUCGGACCACGAGCCCGUCAAGACCUCCAACCUCGGAGGAGAAGAAGAAGAAGGAGAAGGAGGAGAAAGAGAAGAAGACGGAGACCAAGGGGGGAAGGAGGAGCCGAUACCGGGAGAAGGAACCUUUCCUAAACCAGGAGAACCGGGGCACCACCCGGGGAACGACCCGGGGAACGACCCGCGGAGGGGAACCGAACCGCCGGCUACCACGCCGGCCCGGCCACUCCGUCCCAACAGUUUCUACUCCAGACCAGCGCCGGCCUCAGACCCCCCGUCCCACCAGAACCAGACCAGAACCAGAACCAGACCCCCCGUUCCCUUCUGGAUCUCCCCCAGCCGGCCGCCCAACCUGUACCAGGCCCUGGGGACCCGGAACUGGACCCAGAACUGGACCCAGACCCCGGUCCGCUACCGCAGGACCAGGGCCGGGAGGACCCGGGCCACGUCCAUGAACCUGGACCUGGACCUGGACCUGGACCAGGACCCGGGACGGUGGGAGACGGACCAGGUGGAGGUCGUCAGGGUCCCGGUCCCGGGUCGGCCCGGAGGAGUUCCUCAGGGAUCCGCUCUGGGGCCCGGGUCCCCUGGACCUGGACCUGGACCUGGAUCUGGAUCUGGAUCUGGAUCCGCCCCCGUCGUCCUCAGGAGAUCCAACCAGGACCCGCGGGACAAGACCAGAGCCUGGAGACGGCACACCGUGGUGGUCUGAGGUCCCAGGGGGGUCCAGGUCCCAGGGGGGUCCAGGUCCCAGGGGGGUCCAGGUCCCAGGGGGGUCCAGGUCCCAGGGG